AUGUCGUCGCCACCAUUAUCAAGCACUUCGAUUACUAGCAACAGCAACAACAAGAAGAAGCGAAGUGCAAGCUCAGAUCUCAAGAUCGAAACCGAUGCAACAGAGCCCAACACCACAGUUUCCGACAAGAAGAGAUCCAAGGGAUAUGCAAGAUUCGCAUAUGAAGAUAUCGAGAAGAUGAACCUGGAGUUCAGGAGCGAGGACAACUACCAGGAAACCUUGCAGUGCUUCGCCCACAUCUUGCUCGCGCUCUGCAACAUUCUGGAACAUGGUAUAGUCAUGGUUGUGUUCCCAGAUGUGUAUAUGUUGGUCUUAUCAUCGUCCUUCGGUAUGCUUGAGCUCCAAGACUUGGCGUUGGGUCACACAAGAGGUGUUCUCAGCUUCAAAUGA